GAGAAAAUAAAGAAAAAGGGGAUCUCAUGUUCACAGGGUCUCUAUUUCUUCAUGUGAUUUUGGAUUAGUUAAAUCGAAUUAUUCUUUCAGGUUGCAAUAGAGAAACUUUUUUCCAACGACCCACAUUUUGACUUUUGUGAGAAUUAAAACGUUUUGCACCUUCUUUUCUCUUUCAUUCCCAAGUUUUCUUCAUAUUUUUUCCUAAAGUGAUUGAUCUGAGAUUCAAAGCCUUUCUAUUCUUGACGACUUAUUCUUCUACAUAAAAAUAUCUUGCUUAUUCCUUUUUGGAAGAGGAAGAGCGGCAGCAUUUUGUGAAUCAGAACAGCUUGUAAUAUGCAAGGAACUGGUCGAUGAUGUUGGACCUAAUUGACUACUUUUCAUUUGACUUCCUCUCGUGAGAGGAGUUGGCUAACAUGUUUCCCACUAAUAGCUCUAGUAAUGGGCAGAAAGAUGUAAGAGUUCAGGGACAAAGCUCUAAUUUGUCAAGCAGUUGCAGGCAUGAUUUUGGGAUGACUUCUCUACCAAAAAAUUUGAUGGGAAAUGACACCAUCAACGACUCUCAGGAUCAUGAAGCUAUGGAGCUAUAUUCACGUGCUAAAGCAAAACAGGAAGAAAUUCUAUAUCUUCGGGAACAGAUUGCUCUUGCUAGUGUUCGGGAAUCGCAGCUCUUGAAUGAGAAGUAUGGACUUGAGAAGAAAUUUUCUGAACUACGCAUGGCGCUAGAUGAGAAGCAAAGUGAAGCUAUAAUGUCUGCCUCAAACGAACUGGCCCGCAGGAAAGGUGAUCUUGAAGAAAAUUUAAGACUGGUGAACGAGUUAAAGGAUACAGAGAAUGACAGAUAUAUUUUUAUGUCAUCCAUGCUUGGAUUAUUGGCUGAAUAUGGCAUCUUUCCUCGUGUGGCUAAUGCCUCUAGUCUGACCAACAAUGUGAAGCACUUACACGAUCAACUGGAGAUGAAGAUCAGAACUUCACAUGCAAAAAUUGCACAAUUAAAUUCCAUGGUGACACAUCAUGCUAGAGGUGGAUCUUUUGAUACGGAAUCACCUCAUUCUAGUUCUAUAAACAAUCAACUUCCAAGUGGUUCUAUGGGUAUGGCUGAAUAUCCAUCCUUUAAACAGUACAUUGAUGGAAAACAUGAUGAAGCAGUUGAUGCCAGAUCAAGAGAUGUGCAAGCCAGUCUACAUUUACGAGCUGAAAGCUUGCAGCUCAAUCAUGAGAUGCAUCAGCAAGCAAAUAUUGGAAGUCAUUUCGAAAUCUCAUCCAAUAUUGAUAGGUCAGGCUGCAAAAUUGACGAACUUUUUAUGUUGGCUUAGUGUUGCCUUCCAUGUCCCAAUUUAUGUGGAAAUUCUUUUUGCUAUGUAUGAACUAAAAUCAUAUAAAUUAAGAAACACAGAAACAAUGGUCUUUCCAACUUAUUUCUGGAAUUUCUGUAAAUUACUCAAAGGUGACAUAUUUCAAUAACGUAUCAUAAGAUAUCUGAAUCUGCUAAUUUACUUCUUUUCAACAUCCUUAAGUUAAAGAUGGAUGCUUUUUUAAUACGAAGGAAAAUAUAUAUCAGCUGCAGUCAUAAUUAUGCUUUAACUUGUUUACCUUUAGGGAGAUGUAUUUGUUGUACCGGUUUGAGGUGAUAGUCCUGCUUACAUUCUCAGUGUCAAAAGGUAAGAGGACAGAAUGUCAUGCCCUGAGUGAGAUCCAUGAUAAGGCCUGGGGAUGCAGGACUAGUAGAUGUAGACUUGCAACUGAACUAGGCGGUAACAGCUUGUUAUCUGGUUUAUUCAUUUAGCUGUCUUCCAAUCUGGAAGGAUGGGUCUUCAUACUUGGAGAAGCUAAACUCUAAAAUUUGUAUUCCGUUCGAGAUACUUCAGUCUCUGUCUCUAUACUUUGUAUCCUUUUGAGAUACUUCAGUCUCUGUCUUAGCGUGUACUAUAAAAAUCAUGGGCUAAUUAGAAAAAUAAGAUGUUGCAGAGGAUUUGAAUUCAUGGCCUCAAGUUUAUGAGCCUUGCGCAGUACCAAACUGUCUACUCUGCGCCAAAGAUAAGAGCUGAAAACUAAUAGAUAAACAAGGACUACACAAAAAUGAAGCCACAAAAGUCCAUCAUCUUUGGUAAUCAUGGUCUACAUUCAUUUACAAGGACAAGGGUAUCUGCUUUUACUUGAGUAAAUGGUCCUUCUAAUGCGCAAUACCUCUGCAGUAUCAUAGACCUGUCUUUCAAGAUACCAUCUUGAAGACCAAAAGAGAGGUUCUGCCAUAAGGAGGAUAUAUUAGCCUAAGUUGAGCGGACUCUUCAUUUUUUAUGUCGAACCCGUCUCGACAAGUCAAUACGUUUGGGUCAACCAACUUGAAUACUUUGACCGGAGUCCAUGGACAAAUUUGGAGGAAUAAUUGAGAUUUUGAUUUCUCGAAAUAAUAGAUAAUACAGAUUUAGGACAUGGGAAAUGGCAUACCUUCAAUAUACAUAAUAAGUUUUUCUACAAUAUAAUGUUAAGUUUUGCAAUUUAAGACAUGGAGAAUGAAAGAUUGAAUUCUACAAUAUACAUGUAAGUUUGUCACAAAAGCUCUCUCAAAAUUUAGAAUAUCUUUAUAGCUCUACUUUUUAUAAUUUUGAAUUUUCCUAGCCGAAUCCUAGCAUCCGUAUCCAUACCUGGAUCUGCACCCCCGAAUCUUAAAAUUUAGAUUUUGCCAAAUCCGACUCUCAGAUCCGUCCUCGUAUCAGAUAUCCGCACCUACGUCUGAGCAACUUAGAUAUUAGUUAUGAUUUGUAUAUGUCUCCAUGUAGGUCCUCCUCUACUUCCGUUUGGGACAAACAUUAAAUUCAAAUUUCCAAAAACUCUAUAUCUUCUUCUCUACCAAAAGGGACCAGCUUAACAAUAACUUUUAACUGUUCUAUGCAUAUCUAAUUAAUAUCGCUCAUAGCAAAGCGACUAGGGUGCAACAACUCUUUUUCUGCCACAUGGCUGCAUGAGAUGGUUAAAAGUUUUAUCUGCAUAUGAGUGCAUUAAAGAGCUAUCUUAGUUAGUUUUCCCGCUCAUCCUCAGAUCAUCUCCAACAAGGAAAACCUCCCUAUUGUUCCAAGUAAAAAAGCUGCUAAUAAGCACUUUUUUUUGUUAAAACGUCUGAGAUGUUCUUAAAGCUAUUUACAAAUAAUAUAAAUUUAAAAGUAUUUUUACAUAAAAAGAGCGAAUGAUGGUAAUAGAAUAAAGAGAUAAUUAAAAGUUAAAUUUUAGGAAAUAUUUCAGAGAUCAUAAAGUGUUAGCGGAAACGUAAAAGAAAGAACACAAGAUUUAACGCGGUUCGGAUCAAAAUAAUCCUA